AUGGGAAGCAGGUCCUUGGCCUUGUCUAGGUGGGUUUUAAUUGUAGCCUUUCUUGUUGUUGGCUUAGCCGGUGAAACUUGUAACGCCAAGGAUGAAAGCACCAAGUGUACCUCUUCCUGUGGCAAUAUCCACAACAUAAGCUAUCCUUUCCGACUAAAACAUGAUCCAAAGCACUGCGGCAAUGUAAAGUAUACUCUGUUUUGUGAGAACGACAAUACACUUGUAGACGUACCUUCUUCUGGAAGAUACUAUGUCCAGGCAAUCAACUACCAUAACCAAACAAUCCGACUCGUAGACCCUGGCCUUCAGAACAACAAUUGCUCCUCCAUGCCUCGAAAUUUUCUUCCCGGGUUAAGAUAUCCAUAUUCUAUAGACAAUACAAAGGGUUCACCGCUUUCAACGCCUAUAUUUUACAUCAUGUGUUCAAAUCCAGUGAAUUCUUCUCUGUACGUGGAAACUGCUCCAUGCUUGAACACAAGUGCUACUUCUUUGGUCCAACAAAAGACGUAUAGUUAUGUGAAGGCUGGGGCAAUGGUAGUGGGGGAUUUGAACAGGGGUUGCAGUGUAGAGUACGCUUCGGCGCUCUUGAACUACUCUAAGGACUACAUGCCCUCUUAUAAAUCCAUACACAGUGCACUCAUGUAUGGCUUCGAGCUUAGAGUAUAUUGGCCUUACGAAAAGUGCCCAGGCCAAUGGACUUCUAAUUCUAAAUGUUUUCCACGCACCAUCCUAGGUACGUGA